AUUCCCACACAAGCCUAAGCCUAAUAAAUAUAAUCAGAUUCGAUUAAAAACCGUACUUUUUUGUGAUUGCUGAUCAAAUACCACUACCACAUCAAAAAAAUUUCUCCAGUAAUAUUGUAGUUUUAGUUUUUCACGAUAAUCUUUUAUUUGGUUAUUUUAGUUAUAUCAUGUUACGGAUGCCUCCAAAAGGUACUGGAAGAAAGACCACAACAAGGAAACGAAAAAAUGAAAUCGAGAGUGAGAGUUCUCCAAAAACGACCUCCCAAAAACGCUCAAAGUCCGAAGUUGAAAGUGAAAGCUCUUCUACAUCAGUUCGGCGGUCAGAACGCAUUGCCGCACAACCCAAACGAGACAGACAAGACUCAGAUCUUGCAAGAAUCAUCCAAGAACUUAAUCUCACUAGUUAUGGCCUACCUUCUUCGGCAUCUGGAUUUAAAAAUAAAGAUAUAGAUACAAUGAAAGUGAUUUUCCAAGGAGCCUCAGCUGAGAAUGUAGUUAUACCCGAUGCUGAAAUCAAAAACUUUCCGGAUGAGUAUCUUCUCGCAGAUAUUAACAGAACUUUGUUGAGAAAACCAAAUUUCACGGUUGACGAUCUUGGGAAAAUUAAAAAUGGCGAUGUUCUAACGUUUAUUGACAAACUGCACGAUAUCACAGAGAACUCAACUCAGUUGAUAGGUACAAGUGAAACCCAUACUGAUUCGUUAGUAGAUGAUCUACUCCGCGUUGUCGGAUUUAAUACCUGGCCCUUAAAGAUUAAAAAUCAUGAACCAUGCUCGAUAUACAUUGCUGAUGUGCCUGUCGUGUCAUCAGAUGCCGAAUUCGUAAUAAAGAAGCGAGAAAUUUUUGUCCUUGUAGUAGAGCAUCUGAAAAACGUUGGGCACGCCACAGGUUAUGGGGAAACGCAAAUUGCUGUAGAGAUUCUUGCUUGCGGUAGUACAAAUAUACGUACCAGUGCGCCAAAAGAUCAAACACUAUGGGCUAUCCGAGUAAUCUCUACAUACGUUACUAUCUACAAAGCUACAAUUCCUGCAUUGUAUUGGAAAGAGCUUCAAGAUGGCCUACCAAAAACAGAGGUUAAGAUUGAAAGAUGGCCUGCCGAAAAUGGCCUGAUGACUGGUUAUGAUCUUGCUGAACCAGACGGAAGACAAAAUGCAUUGACAGCAUUAAUAAGACUUCGUGAAUCACUUUUAUCCCAAGGCCAGCAAGGACAGUCCUCUACCUCACACACUGCCGUGGCAUCCCAAGGCCAGCAAGGACAGUCCUCUAUCUCACACACUACCGUGGCAUCCCAAGGCCAGCAAGAACAGUCCUCUACCUCACACAUUGCCAUAAUGCCCCAAGACCAGCAAGAACUGUCAGAACCAUCAGAGCAGAGUAGCAAAAAGAAAGGCAAAUUGCGUGAGGUUUAAUUUAGUCAUACUUAAUAGUCAAAUAUGAUUUAUUGUAAUCUAUAAUUAUGAAUCUGAUUUCGAAAUUACAAAUAUGUUAUGCUUAUUCAAUAAAACCCAAUUCAUAGAGAUGCUCAGGAAUAACGUGUGCAAAAA